UACCGCACGAGCUACAAAGCCACUGGAGAACUAAGUUUGAAAUGAGUCCCUGCUAAACAAACCUGUGCAACGCACACAUCGAGCGCGCGCGCGAUCAAUAAUGGACUCAGCCAAGCGGGAUGAACACAUGAGCGAGCACGCCGCCAACCUUCUGGGGACGCCACAGCGGUCCAAACGGACACAAAGCGCCACCAAAACAAAGUCAAGAUACUUGAAAAUCCUCUGUGCGGUCCUUCUGCUUGGCUUGUUGGCUUUAAUUCUCACAGUAGUAUUUAUACUCAAACUCCGCUGCAGUGAUAAAGUUACUAACAGCUGUAGAAACCGCUGCUUGUCCAGAAGUGGUGACUCUAACGCUGCGUGCCGCUGUGACGCUGCGUGUGUGAAUGAAGGCACCUGCUGUGUGGACUAUGAGGAGGUGUGUGUGGAACCAGGUCAGCGCUGGACGUGUUCUAAAUUCCGCUGCGGUGAGGAGCGUUCGCUGAACCGCCUCUGCUCCUGCUCUGAAGACUGUGUGAAAGUGGGUGACUGCUGCUUAAACUACAAGAGCACAUGUAAAGGUGAAAAACUUUGGCUGGAAGAGGACUGUGAAGACAUCAGGACUCCUCAGUGUCCUGUUGGGUUUGCUAAACCGCCACUGCUUCUGGUGUCUCUGGAUGGAUUCAGGGCCGGAUACAUGGAGGCCUACAGCAGCCUGCUUCCUGUCAUCAACAAACUCAGGAAAUGUGGGACCUCCACCCCGUAUAUGAGACCUGCUUAUCCCACCAAGACUUUCCCAAAUCAUUACACCAUAGUGACGGGUUUGUAUCCAGAAUCACAUGGAAUUGUGGACAAUAAGAUGUAUGAUGUCACUCGCAAUGCAUCGUUCAGUUUGAAAUCUGAUGAGAAAUUCAACCCUGUAUGGUACCAGGGCGAACCAGUUUGGCUCACAGCCAUGAAAAACAAACUAAAAACAGCUACUUUCUUCUGGCCUGGAUCCGAUGUGAAAGUCAAUGGACAUUUCCCAGAUUACUGGGUGAAGUAUGACAGGAACAUCCCCUUUGAAAAGAGGGUUGCACAAAUCUUCGAAUGGUUGCAUUUACCUGAAGGGAAAAGGCCAGACUUUUACACCUUAUACUUCGAAGAGCCUGAUUCUGCAGGUCAUCGACAUGGACCAAUGAGUAGCCAGGUCAUUGAGGCUUUACUGAAUGUGGACAGGUUUCUUGGGAUGUUGAUGGAGGCUCUCAAGGAAAGACAGUUGCACAGAUGUGUCAACCUGGUUCUGGUCUCUGACCACGGGAUGGAAGAAGCGUCGUGCAAGAAAGCUGCGUAUGUCUCGGACUAUCUGGAAAACAUAGAUGACAUCACUGUCAUCCAGGGUCCUGCAGCGAGAGUUCGUCCCAAACGUUUGCCUGAUGAAUUCUUCUCCUUUGAUUAUGAAGGUCUGGUGAAGAAUCUUUCGUGCAGAGAAACUGAUCAGCCAAUGAAGCCGUAUCUGAAGGAGCAUCUGCCCAAACGGCUUCACUUUGCCAGUAACAUCCGCAUAGAGAGAGCACAUCUCUACAUGCAGCCCGGCUGGCAAGCAGCACUCAAACCAAAUGAAAUUAAAUACUGCAGUGGUGGCUUCCAUGGUUCAGAUAAUGUCUUCAAGAACAUGCAGGCCAUUUUUAUUGGACAUGGACCAGGUAUCAAUUCUAAGACAAAUGUGCCUCCCUUUGAGAACAUUGAAAUCUACAACCUCCUAUGUGAUUUGCUGGGUAUUACUCCUGCCCCUAAUAACGGCACCCAUGGCAGUUUAAACCAUCUGCUGAAGAACCCACCCCACCAGCCGGUGUACCCCGCAGAGCGCUCGGCACCAUCCACAUGCACCCCUGUUAGCGGCUCCGUACAGGACCCUCGGGGCUGCACCUGUGACUCCCUCACUGAGGCUGAGGUGAACCGUCUGAACCAGCGUCUCAUCAACUCAAACUCAAACUCUAACAUGAAGCCAGUUCAUCUGCCUUUUGGAGUCCCGCGUGUUCUUCAGGAGCAGUCAGAUCACUGUAUACUUCAGCACACUGCGUACAUCAGCGCAUACAGCAGGAACAUCCUGAUGCCCCUUUGGGUCUCUUACUCUUUGAAUGCAACGGUGAGCGUCCGGCCCUCAGCAGACACAUGUGUGCGUGCAGAUGUGCGUGUACAGGCCAGGGCGAGACAGUCCUGCUCAUUCUAUAAGAACAACUCCACUCUGACCUUCGGCCUCCUGCAUCCACCCAACUUCAGUCCUACAGGAACUGAGCCAGACUCCUUAAUUACGAGCAACAUGGUGCCCAUGUUUCCUGCUUUCAAAGAUAUCUGGAAUCAGUUUCACGAUGUUCUGCUGCUGAAGUAUUCACAACAGCUGAACGGAGUCAAUGUUGUGAGCGGACCAAUAUUUGACAACGACUUUAAUGGGAACUAUGACUUCAUGAACAAGGGAACCCCGAAUGGGGUUCCCAUCCCGACACAUUUCUUUGUAAUUCUCACAAGUUGUAAGAACUCGUCUCUUCCCAUCGGACAGUGUGACGGUCCUCUAGAUGCUGUGUCUUUCGUUCUUCCUCAUCGAGCUGACCAUCUGGAAACAUGUCAUAAUGGCUCAGACGACUACUCAUGGCUCCAGGAUUGGGUUCAGUUUCACGUGACGCGAAUCAGAGACGUUGAGCUUCUGACGGGCUUGAGUUUUUACCAUGACAGGAUAUCUGUUGCUGAAACAUUACAACUCAAAACCACACUCAAAACUUUCUAGAAACGCUUCUGAACUUCGACCUGGUUUCUCUGCGUCUUGCAAGGCCACGGACGGCACAUUCAGAACGGGAUGGAUCUGUUCACCAAUGAAACCCAGCUGAGCUUUAAGUUCAUCCAGAGAGUCUUUGAUCUCCUAAAAUGGGGAAAUAAAACGUUUUAUGGUCUGUGCUUUAAUGAAAUCUUUAUUCUCAGAGGCUAUCUAUUUAUAUCUGGGGAAGUACCAACUGUACCAGAAACUGGCCCAGCAAUCCUAGAGAAACUAAACUUCGUUUUUUUUUUUCCAAAAACAAAUAAAAGCUGUUUCGCAGCACACAUGUUAGGGAUUUAAUUGUGGUUGGACUGUGGGUCCAGCAUUCAGCCUGUUCCAAAAAAGAAAGAGUAUCCUCAAAUGAAAUUGUACAAAGAGUGUUUGGCAAACAACAGGAAUGCUACAUUUUCCACAGGAAUAACUUUGAAAAAGACACUUGCUGUAUACAGUUUUAUUAUACUGUCUUACAAUUAAAGCAACAAAUGCCGUUUCCAGCCGUCUGUAGCAUGCACAGCUAAUUCCUGAUUUGUUUGCCUCGUGUAUAAUAGUGGUUUGUACUGCCCCUUCAGGUCAGAAUGCAGAAUUACAUCAUCCAACAAAACCAAAACUGUCAAUGUGCAUCUUUUUCUGGAGAUUAAAUGGAUUCCCUCUCUCAGGUCAAUUUUGAUAUCAAUAAAUAUACAUCAAAAUUCUUUAUUACAUUUGUAUGUUAAUUUUGUCAUUAAAUUCAUAGUGUGUAAUUAGAGAUAAGAUUGUACUGUAGAUUGUCUCAUAAGUUUGUCGUAUAUUGUCUCGCUGUAUUUGGUGAAUAUUGGUUAAAUAUUUAAGAUUUGUGUUGUA